AUGCAAUUAUCUGUCUCACUAUGUAAACAUCUAUCUAUCUAUCUAUCUAUCUAUCUAUCUAUCUAUCUAUCUAUCUAUCUAUCCCAGUCUUUUCAUUAUCUAUCUAUCUAUCUAUCUAUCUAUCUAUCUCAAUAUCUAUCCAUCUAUCUAUCUAUCUAUCUAUCUAUCUAUCUAUCCAUCCAUCCAUCUAUCUCAUUCAUCAAUAAUCUAUCCAUCUAUCUAUCUAUCCAUCAUUCAUCCAUCCAUCUAUCUAUCUAUUCAUUAAUAAUCAUCUAUCUAUCAUCCAUCUAUCCAUCUAUCUAUCUCAUUCGGCUAAUAAUCUAUCUAUCUAUCUAUCUAUCUAUCUAUCUAUCUAUCCAUCCAUCUAUCUAUCUAUCUAAUCUAUCUCAUCCAUCCAUCCAUCUAUCUAUCUAUCAUCUAUCUAUCUAUCUAUCUAUCCAUCCAUCUAUCUAUCUAUCUAUAUAUAUAUAUAUAUAUAUAUAUAUAUAUAUAUACUAUAUUUAUACUUACAUUAACUUCAAUUUUAUUCUGUUCAUAUCUAUAUAUCUAUCUAUCUAUAUCAGUCUGUCCGUAUCUAUCUAUCUAUCUAUCUAUCUAUCUAUCUACUUACCUGCCUACAUACGUACCCCUGUCUCUCCAUAUUUAUGUAGCUUAGACUGUUUAUAUCUAUCUAUCUAUCUAUCUAUCUAUCUAUCUAUCUAUCUAUCUAUCUAUACUGUAGACCGUAUUACAUUGAACGCGACAGAGGAAUAUGGAGACCAUUUUCGAAAGCAGAAAGGUCGCUGGAAUGAAUAUUGCUUAGAUUUUGUCUAUACAUAUCUAUCUAUCUAUCUGUCUGUCUGUCUAUCUCAGUCAGUUCAUACCUAUCUAUCUAUUCAUUUAUCUCUCUUAGUCUUUCAUAUCUAUCUAUCUAUCUAUCUAUCUAUCUAUCUAUCUCAGUCAAUUCAUACCUAUCUGUCUAUUCAUUUAUCUCUCUUAGUCUUUCAUAUCUAUCAAUCUAUCUAUCUAUCUGUCUGUCUGUCUGUCUAUCUAUCUCAGUCAGUUCAUACCUAUCUAUCUAUUCAUGUAUCUCUCUCAGUCUUUCAUCUAUCUAUCUAUCUAUCUAUCUAUCUAUCUAUCUAUCUAUCUCAGUCAGUUCAUACCUAUCUAUCUAUUCAUUUAUCUCUCUCAGUCUUCCAUAUCUAUCUAUCUAUCUAUCUAUCUAUCUAUCUAUCUAUCUAUCUAUCUAUCUAUCUAUCUCAGUUCAUACCUAUCUAUCUAUUCAUGUAUCUCUCUCAGUCUUUCAUAUCUGUCUAUCUAUCUAUCUAUCUAUCUAUCUAUCUAUCUAUCUAUCUAUCUAUCUCAGUCAGUUCAUACCUAUCUAUCUAUUCAUUUAUCUCUCUUAGUCUUUCAUAUCUAUCUAUCUAUCUAUCUAUCUAUCUAUCUAUCUCAGUCAGUUCAUACCUAUCUAUCGAUCUAUCUAUCUAUCUAUUCAUUUAUAUUAGUCUUUCAUAUCUAUCUAUCUAUCUAUCUGUCUGUCUGUCUAUCUCAGUCAGUUCAUACCUAUCUAUCUAUUCAUUUAUCUCUCUUAGUCUUUCAUAUCUAUCUAUCUAUCUAUCUAUCUAUCUAUCUAUCUAUCUAUCUAUCUCAGUCAAUUUAUACCUAUCUGUCUAUUCAUUUAUCUCUCUUAGUCUUUCAUAUCUAUCAAUCUAUCUAUCUAUCUGUCUGUCUGUCUGUCUAUCUAUCUCAGUCAGUUCAUACCUAUCUAUCUAUUCAUGUAUCUCUCUCAGUCUUUCAUAUCUAUCUAUCUAUCUAUCUAUCUAUCUAUCUAUCUAUCUAUCUCAGUCAGUUCAUACCUAUCUAUCUAUUCAUUUAUCUCUCUUAGUCUUUCAUAUCUAUCUAUCCAUCUAUCUAUCCAUCCAUCUAUCUUCAUCUAUCUAUUCAUGCAUCUCUCUCAUCUCAUCUAUCUAUCCAUCUAUCAGUUCAUCCAUUCUCCAUCUAUCUAUUCAUUUAUCUCUCUUCAGUUUUUUCAUAUCUAUCUAUCUAUCUCAUCUAUCCACACCAUCCUCUAUCUUUAUCUAUCUAUCCAUCCAUCCAUCCAUCCAUCUAUCCAUCCAUCUAUCUCAGUCAGUUCAUACCCAUCUAUCGAUCUAUCUUCAUAUCUAUCUAUUCAUUUAUAUUAUCUUUCUAUCUAUCCAUCUAUCUAUCUAUCUAUCUGUCUGUCUGUCUGUCUCAGUCAGUUCCAUCACCCAUCUAUCUAUUCAUUUAUCUCUCUCAGUCUUUCAUAUCUAUCUAUCUAUCUAUCUAUCUAUCUAUCUAUCUAUCAUAUCUAUCAUCUAUCUCAGUCAGUUUUCAUACCUAUCUAUCUCUAUUCAUUUAUCUCUCUUAGUCUUUCAUAUCUAUCUAUCUAUCUAUCUAUCUAUCUAUCUAUCUAUCUAUCUAUCUAUCUAUCUAUCUAUCUCAGUCAGUUCAUACCUAUCUAUCUAUUCAUGUAUCUCUUUUUUUCAGUUUUUCAUCUAUCUAUCUAUCUAUCUAUCUCAUCUGUCAGUCAGUUCAUACCUAUCUAUCAUCGAUCUAUCUAUCUAUCUAUCUCUAUUCAUUUAUAUUAGUCUUUCAUAUCUAUCUAUCUGUCUGUCUGUCUAUCUCAGUCAUCUUUCAUAUCUAUCUAUCAUCCAUCUAUCUAUCCUCUAUCUAUCUCAUCUAUAUCUAUCUAUCUAUCUCUUAGUCAAUUUAUCUAUUCCUAUCUAUCUAUUCAUUUAUCUCUAUCUCAGUCAGUUCUUUCAUCUAUCUAUCUCUAUUCAUUUAUCUAUCUAUCUAUCUAUCUAUCUAUCUAUCUAUCUAUCUCAGUCAGUUCAUACCUAUCUAUCUAUUCAUUUAUCUCUCUUAGUCUUUCAUAUCUAUCUAUCUAUCUAUCUAUCUAUCUAUCUAUCUAUCUAUCUAUCUAUCUCAGUCAGUUCAUACCUAUCUAUCGAUCUAUCUAUCUAUCUAUUCAUUUAUAUUAGUCUUUCAUAUCUAUCUAUCUAUCUAUCUAUCUAUCUCGAAGUAUCUUAA